AUGCCUCUCAAUUCGGGUGCCUUGCUCGGCUGGUGCCAGCGCGAGACUGCCACGUAUGAUGGGGUGAGCGUUGAGAACUGGAGCCGUUCGUGGAACGACGGGCUCGCCUUCUGUGCGCUGCUGCACCGUCACUUCCCCGAUGACAUCCGCUUUGGAUCUCUCAACAGUUCGACGCCACAGAGCCGCGCUCGCAACUUUGAGCUCGCCUUUGGGGUCGCUGAGAGGAGGCUCGACGUCGAACGGCUUUUUGAUGUGGAGGACAUGAUGGCCACAUACCCACGGCCCGACGGCCGUUCAGUCACGACCUACGUCGUCCUGCUGUACAAUGCAAUCGAGGAGCGAGGCAUGGUCGCGGCUACUGCGGUGCAGCUUACUCCGCUGCCGCUGCCCGACCGCUCGGAGGACGACAGCGCGUUGUCGCCUGCAGAGCUUGCCAUGAUUCGGAAGUGCAAUCAGAAGAUGGAGGCGCUGAAUGCCAAGCUUCAACACUCUCCUCGCAGCCAUGUGCCAACAGCCGAGGAGCAGGCGAUGCUCUUGUCCAUGGCGGCGCUCAAUGCAGCGCUGGAGUCGGACGCACGCAACCCGGCAAGGCCGCGGUACGGCUUUAUGACGACGCGCUAG